UUCCUGAGGAGGAUGAAGCAGGAGGAGCUGGCUGAGCGUCUGCAGAGCAAAUAUUUUGCUCCAGCUUGUCAACGUAAACUAAAAUGUGGUCUGAAGAAGAAGUUCCAGUGUGUGUUUGAGGGGAUUGCUAAAGCAGGAAACCCGACCCUUCUGAACCAGAUCUACACAGAGCUCUACAUCACAGAGGGAGGGACUGCAGAGGUCAAUGACAAACAUGAGGUCAGACAGAUUGAAACAGCAUCCAGGAAACCAGACAGACCAGAAACAAGCAUCAGACAAGAAGACAUCUUUAAACUCCCACCUGGAAGAGAUGAACCAAUCAGAACAGUGAUGACAAAGGGAGUGGCUGGCAUUGGGAAAACUGUCUUAACACAGAAGUUCACUCUGGACUGGGCUGAAGACAAAGCCCACCAGGACAUCCAGUUGACAUUUCCACUGACUUUCAGAGAGCUGAAUGUGCUGAAAGAGAAAAAGUUCAGCUUGGUGGAACUUGUUCAUCACUUCUUUACUGAAACCAAAGAAGCAGGAAUCUGCAGCUUUGAAGAGUUCCAGGUUGUCUUCAUCUUGGACGGUCUGGAUGAGAGUCGACUUCCUCUGGACUUCCACAACAAUGAGACCCUGACUGAUGUUACAGAGUCCACCUCAGUGGAUGUGCUGCUGACUAACCUCAUCAGGGGGAAACUGCUUCCCUCUGCUCGCCUCUGGAUAACCACACGACCUGCAGCAGCCAAUCAGAUCCCUCCUGACUGUGUUGGCAUGGUGACAGAGAUCAGAGGGUUCACUGACCCACAGAAGGAGGAGUACUUCAGGAAGAGGUUCAGAGAUGAGGAGCAGGCCAGCAGGAUCAUCUCCCACAUGAAGACAUCACGAAGCCUCCACAUCAUGUGCCACAUCCCAGUCUUCUGCUGGAUCACUGCUACAGUUCUGGAGGAUGUGCUGGAAACCAGAGAGGGAGGAGAGCUGCCCAAGACCCUGACUGAGAUGUACAUCCACUUCCUGGUGGUCCAGACCAAAGUCAAGAAGGUCAAGUAUGAUGGAGGAGCUGAGACAGAUCCACACUGGAGUCCAGAGAGCAGGAAGAUGAUUGAGUCUCUGGGAAAACUGGCUUUUGAUCAGCUGCAGAAAGGAAACCUGAUCUUCUAUGAAUCAGACCUGACAGAGUGUGGCAUCGAUAUCACAGCAGCCUCAGUUUACUCAGGAGUGUUCACACAGAUCUUUAAAGAGGAGAGAGGACUGUACCAGGAGAAGGUGUUCAGCUUCGUCCAUCUGAGUGUUCAGGAGUUUCUGGCUGCUCUUCAUGUCCGUCUGACCUUCAUCAAGUCUGGAGUCAACCUGAUGGAAGAUGAUCAUACAGAUUCACCUUGGUCAAUAAUGAAACCAAAUCUACUACGUCUCCAUCAGAGAGCUGUGGACGAGGCCUUACAGAGUCCAAAAGGACAUCUGGACUUGUUCCUCCGCUUCCUCCUGGGUCUUUCACUGCAGACCAAUCAGAGUCUCCUACGAGGCCUGAUGACACAGACAGGAAGUAGCUCACAGACCAAUCAGAAAACAGUCCAGUACAUCAAGAAGAAGAUCAGUGAGAAUGUGUCUGCAGAAAGAAGCAUCAAUCUGUUCCACUGUCUGAAUGAACUGAAUGAUCGUUCUCUAGAGGAGGAGAUCCAUCAGUUCCUGAGAUCAGGACGUCUCUCCACAGAUGAACUGUCUCCUGCUCAGUGGUCAGCUCUGGCCUUCAUCUCACUGUCAUCAGAAGAAGAUCUGGAGGUGUUUAACCUGCAGAAAUACUCUCCUUCAGAGGAGGUUCUUCUGAGGCUGCUGCCAGUGGUCAAAGCCUCCAACAAAGCUCUGCUGAGUGCGUGUGGUCUCUCAGACAGAAGCUGUGGACCUCUGUCCUCAGUCCUCAGCUCCCAGUCCUCCAGUCUGACAGAACUGGACCUGAGUAACAAUGACCUGCAGGACUCAGGACUGAAGAAGCUGUGUGGUGGACUGAAGAGUCCAGACUGCAAACUGGAAACUCUCAGCCUGUCAGGAUGUCUGAUCACAGAGGAAGGCUGUGCUUCUCUGGCCUCAGCUCUGACCUCCAACCCCUCCCAUCUGAGAGAGCUGGACCUGAGAUACAACCAUCCAGGAGACUCAGGAGUGAAGCUGCUGAUGGCUGCACUGAAGGAUCCACACAGACUCAGGGUGGAGCCUGCUGGAGAACCAUGGUUGAGACCAGGAGGUCUGAGGAAGUAUUCCUGUCCACUCACCAUCCACAUGAACACAGUGAACAGACACCUGAAACUGUCUGACAACAACAGGAAGGUGACACAUGUGGAUGAGCUUCAGUCAUAUCCUGAUCAUCCAGAUAGAUUUAACUGUCCUCAGCUGCUGUGUGAAAAUGUUCUGACUGGUCGCUGCUACUGGGAGGUCGAGUGGAGAGGAAACGUUUCUAUAUCAGUGAGUUACAGAGAAAUCAGAAGGAGAGGAAACUGUUGGUUUGGAUAUAAUGAUCAGUCCUGGAGUCUGAGCUGCUCUGUUGAUGGAUGUUACUCUGUCUGGCACAAAGACAGAGAAACACGCAUCUCCUCCUCCUCCUCCUCCUCUGUCUCUAACAGAGUAGCAGUGUAUGUGGACUGUCCUGCUGGCUCUCUGUCCUUCUACAGAGUCUCCUCUGACUCACUGAUCCACCUCCACACCUUCAUCACCACAUUCACUCAUCCUCUCAAUGCUGGAUUUGGAUUCAGGUUUCCUGGUUCCUGGGUGUGUGUGUGUUGAGUGUAAAGAGUGUGAUGGUAGCAGAGAAACUCUGACUGGUGAACAGAUA